UGCUGUUUAUUCUCAAUGAAGACACUGCCUGAGGCUACGGACUUAGGUGUGCCUCCUUGGAGUGCUUUCUCUGGUGUUUUUCUGUCUCUGCUCUCUGUGUGCUGAGCAAUUUUGUGCUGGGAGGGAGUGUGAGUGUGUAGCGAGCGCAUGUAAAGGAGCAUGAGCAAGAAACGGAGCGGGUGAUGACGGCUGAAGCGAUGCUCUCAGCUCCUUUCUGCAUGAUUUAUUGUGGAGGUUCCUGGAGCUGAAUGGAGAAAGAGAGAAUCCUGUGUGUACUUUGGGGAAAGUGAGAGAAAUAGGGAGAUCUACAAGGAAAAAAAGAAGAAAAGAAAAAAACAGCUUGAGUGAAGUGUAGAGGAGUUGAAAUAGCAACAUCUAACAAGAGUCAGAUGACUCCUAUUAGACAGAGUAGGAGGUAGAAAGGGGUUGGAGAAGGGAGGUUGUGUUUACAGAGUACAGAGAGAGAAGUGUGUUUCUUUUUCUUGCACAAAGCAGGUGUGACUGUGCUGACGAAGCCUCCUCUUAGUGUGUCAGUAGCACUCAGCGCACACGCAAAGGAUUGCUCCAGUGCCAGAAACCGAGAGAGACAGAGCACUGCUGGAAGGUAGCUUGUUCACUGGACUGAAAAUCAACCUGCAUGACAUAAUUUUAACAGAAAAAGAAUCAGCGAGGACGGCACAGAGACUCCGAAAAGAAAUUGCACCAGGUCCGUCAGCCACAUCCAUCAACAUGUCAUCAAACGAGCUGAGUGCCCCAGACCCAGAGCCCUGCAUCCGCACCUUCAAGGAGCACAUGCGUCUGGAACUGGAGCCUCCCAGACUCAUUACAUCUCCGAAAGUGUCCCCACGCAGCUCCCCGCGUCUCUUCCGCAGACUCAUGGUCAACAAGGGUGGCCGCCACCGACGACGCUUCACUGUCGCACACACCUGUUUCGAUGUGGAGAAUGGGCCGUCUGCAGGAUGCAGUCCUCUGGAUCCACAGGCCUCCCCUGGCUCGGGGCUCAUCCUGCACCCAAACUUCUCCCAAACCGGACACAACCAGCGGCGGGAGUCCUUCCUGUACCGCUCAGACAGCGACUACGACCUCUCGCCCAAAUCAAUGUCCCGCAACUCCUCUGUCGCCUCAGAGCUACAUGGGGAUGACCUAAUCGUCACGCCUUUUGCUCAGGUUCUGGCUAGCCUUCGAAGUGUCAGAAACAAUUUCACCGUCCUGACUAAUGUACAAUGUACAUCAAACAAGAGAUCACCGGCUACCACGCAGCCCUCCCUCACCAGAGUCUGCCUGUCUGACGAGUCGUACCAGAAGCUGGCUGUGGAGACCAUGGAGGAGCUGGACUGGUGCCUGGAUCAGCUCGAGACCAUCCAGACCUACAGGUCCGUCAGUGACAUGGCCUCCAACAAGUUCAAGAGAAUGCUGAACAGGGAGCUGACGCACCUUUCCGAGAUGAGCAGAUCUGGCAACCAGGUGUCAGAGUUCAUCUCCAACACCUUCCUAGACAAACAGAAUGAGGUGGAGAUUCCUCCUCCCACACCGAAAGCCCGGGAGAAGAAGAAGAAGCAGCAGCUGAUGACUCAGAUCAGCGGUGUGAAGAAGGUGUCUCAUGGGCCCAGCCUCAACAGCGGCAUCACCCGCUUCGGUGUCAAAACCGACAAGGAAGAGCUGCUGUCUAAGGAAUUAGAAGAUCUGAACAAGUGGGGCCUGAAUAUCUUUACCGUGUCCGAAUAUUCCAACAAUCGUCCUCUAACGUGCAUCAUGUAUGCCAUCUUCCAGGAACGAGACUUGCUCAAGACGUUUAAGAUCCCAACAGACACAUUUGUGACGUAUAUGAUGACGCUGGAGGAUCACUACCACUUGGAUGUAGCUUACCACAACAGUCUUCAUGCUGCUGAUGUGGCCCAGUCCACGCAUAUUCUCCUCUCCACACCUGCACUAGAUGCAGUCUUUACUGAUCUGGAGAUCCUGGCUGCCAUUUUUGCAGCAGCCAUCCAUGAUGUGGAUCAUCCAGGUGUUUCCAACCAGUUCCUCAUCAACACAAACUCUGAGCUGGCUCUCAUGUAUAAUGAUGAGUCAGUGCUGGAGAACCACCACCUAGCUGUAGGCUUCAAGCUCCUUCAGGAGGAGAAUUGUGAUAUCUUCCAGAACCUCACAAAGAAACAGAGGCAAUCACUCAGGAAGAUGGUCAUCGACAUGGUACUUGCCACAGAUAUGUCUAAACAUAUGAGCUUACUAGCCGACCUGAAGACGAUGGUGGAGACAAAGAAAGUUACCAGUUCAGGGGUGCUGCUUCUGGACAACUACACGGACAGGAUACAGGUUCUUCGAAAUAUGGUGCACUGUGCUGACCUGAGCAACCCCACCAAGUCUCUGGAGCUUUACCGACAGUGGACGGACCGCAUCAUGGAGGAGUUCUUCCACCAGGGCGACCGGGAGAGAGAGCGUGGCAUGGAGAUCAGCCCCAUGUGCGACAAACACACAGCUUCCGUGGAAAAAUCCCAGGUUGGUUUUAUUGACUAUAUUGUCCACCCGCUGUGGGAGACCUGGGCUGACCUGGUCCACCCUGAUGCGCAGGACAUCCUGGACACACUGGAGGACAAUCGGAACUGGUACCAGAGCAUGAUUCCUCAGAGUCCCUCUCCACCCUUCUACCAACCUGAAAAAGAGGGACAUGUUGGCGGACCAGUGGCUGACAAGUUCCAAUUUGAGCUCACCCUGGAGGAAGAGGACUCAGAAGGCACAGAAAAAGAUGAACAGAGUCAGGGAGAUGAGGAGGAAGAGGAGGAGGAAGAGGCAGAGGAGGAAGAUCGAGAGGAGGAGAUGGAGCCGGCAACCACACACAUCCAGAUCGUAACUGAAGACGCCUCACCAGUGGAUACAUAGGACCUCUUAGCCUAUUUUAAUGGCGAGUUACCAUUUUUUUCCCUCGCAACCUGGCAGUUGAUGCUUUUUAACAAAGCCCAGAGAGAGAGCAUUUUUUGGCCCUCUUGGGAGGAGCAUGACUGGCCCUCCUUGCACUUAAGUUUGGAGCCAGUUGGGUUGGAGCUCUCAGGAAAUAAAUGCUGCAGACAUUUUUUUUUUGAGCUGAGUGACUGACGGGUGACUCUGAGAUACAGGAAGGAUUGGGGCCAAUCAUAGACUUGUGUUUGUCUAGUAGGCGAACAUUUGUGGAGUUGACACUACUGAGAGAUUUUUUGUACCAAGUGACUUAUUUUCUAAAGCUAUCGGAAUAAGUCGGGGUAGCAUACGAACUACUGAUGAUCAAGUAUUUGUAAAGAAAGAAACUGUUUACUUUUCUGUACCAUUUGUCUAAAGACUUUGUGUGCCUUUUUUACUAUUGUCUUUUUAAUGGUCUUUUUUAUUUAUUGAACACACUUUAGUAUAACUGUACAUGGAACUGUUUUUUUUCUAAAGGCAAACCAGACAGCUUACACGAGAGUUGUUUUCUAUAAACUGAAGAGAAAACUCAGUGUCUUCCUUUAUAUUUGGCAAUAGAACGAAAUAAUCCAAAUGUCUGAAUAUUGCAGUCAAAGAUGCACUUUGUCAUUUUUUUUUUUUUUUUUUACUCGUCCAGUUCUUUUGGUCUUGUUUAGUUGUAAAUUUGCUAUGAGAUCGUUUUGUAUAUACAUACAAUUCACAAUAAGCAUUUAAGCAUAAUGACAAUUUGAAAUUUGGCAAAUCUAAACCAAAUGCACUUAGACAACUUAGACUUACAAAGCUCCUAUAUAUACUGGUUGGAUAUAAGCAGACUGAAGCUAUAUUCAGAUUUUCUCGAUAGAAAUUCCCCCCAGUUCUUUGUAGAAGACAAGGUCAAACAAUUUCCUUCAGCUUCCAUUCAUUAAAGUCAGUUCUCACAGAAAGCAUUUUUCAAUGAAUUUCUCACAGAAGACAUUUUCUGUGGGUAAGGCUAUCAUGAUUUAAUUUGUGAAUCUCUCUAGGAAAAAAAAUAGUAGAAAUUAGUAAAAAAAAAAAAAACAAAAAAAAAACAGUUCUAUCUUUAAACAUUUGAACUCAAAUUCAGUUUAAAGCAUAAAGCUUCUUUACACCUGCAUUAGACCAUUCAAUUAGACCACAUUAUACAUGUUAUCGUCCUGUUUAUCACCAAUAGGUAUAUUUUAUGGCCAAAGUAGCAUGAGUGUGUGUGUGUGUGUGUGUGUCUAUCUUUCUCUUCUAUCAUCUACCCAUGCUUUUUUACACACCUCCUCUGUUUGGUUUGUUCAUAUUAGCUGAAGUCGGUCCUUUGCUGUUUAUAACAGUGUAUUUAUUACCUUUGUAAAUACGGAAUGAUGUUUCUUUGUAAAUUUAUUUUUAAUUUAUAUGCACUUGCAUUACCGAAAUUUGGUGGUGUUUUUUGUGUAGUGGGCUCUUGGAUUGAGUCUGUUAUAUUUUGUAAUAUUGUUUUUUUUUUGUUUUUUUGUUUUAAAUAUUGCUGAAUAAAUAUAUAUAUUAUACUAUAUAUGCUAUAUAAAUAUAUCGCACAAUAUACAACUGCCCAGAAAAGUAGCUUAAAGACACACAACCCAAUGGUUACCGGGAGAGCCUGUAGAUAAGACACACAAACAUACUGUAGACAUCCAUCAGGCAUUAGAAGCUUUUAGUAUCACUGUUUGGUGCAACAUUGAAAAUUUGAUACCACGAGAUCACAGACAAAGUGGCACUCGGCUCGAAACCUCUGCAGAAUUAUGAAUGCAGAUUGCUAUGAAUGGCUCAGAAAUAUUUAUACGAUGCUGGACUCUUAUUCCACACAUAUUGGUCACAAAUAUCACAAUCUCUGAACACCAAUGUGAAAUUGAUAUGAAUUACAAAAAAUGUGAUCUUCUGUAAUUAUUUGUGCUAAUGUGAAAUAUUUUUCUGACCUUGUUAGCAGUUUUGAAAUUCAAUUUGUCAGUAUAACUUUGUUAAUCUAUGUUUAAGAUCUUUUGGUCCAAUUUGUGUCCAAAAGGAUUAGUCAGAGUUAGUAAUAUCUGCAUGAGGGAUGGGUUUUUCGUCUAGUAAUCCCACAUUGUUGCAGGUGAAUAUUUAAUGUUUCACACAAUGUAUGGUAUAAUAUUGUAUAUUGUGUUCAAUAAAAUCUAAAACUACUUUUCUAUGAAGUGAUUAAAAAUGACGCAUGAAUAUA